CGCACCGAUCACACCACCACCGCAGCAAGCAGCAUGGCGAGACGGACAGAGAAAAGCACGACUUACGCAGUCGCGAUCUGUGAGCGAUUUGAGCCGUGCUCGUAGUGCCUUCGCCGCUGUCGCCGCCGCCGGUCCCAAAGGAAAGCGCGAGCGAGCACGAGGGAAAGGGAGAGAAGCCGCGCGGACCAAUGGCACGCGCGGAUAUGCGAGGUCGCUUGAACACCACCCUCCCGCGAUAAAAACGCGGCGCGCGCGACCGGUCGCGCGUAUUCCGAUCUCGUUUGCUCGGCUACUGACAACGUUGCGAUGCCUCCCCAGCCCAGCGGUAAGGCCGUGAAGAAGGCCGGCAAGGCGCAGAAGAACGUGCGCGCCACCGACAAGAAGAAGAAGAAGCGCCGCAGGAAGGAGAGCUUCUCCAUCUAUAUCUACAAGGUGCUGAAGCAGGUGCACCCGGACACUGGAGUCUCCAGCAAGGCCAUGUCUAUCAUGAACAGCUUCGUGAACGACAUCUUCGAGCGCAUCGCCGCGGAGUCGUCCCGUCUGGCUCACUACAACAAGCGCUCGACCAUCACGAGCCGGGAGAUCCAGACUGCCGUGCGUCUGCUGUUGCCCGGCGAGCUGGCCAAACACGCCGUGUCCGAGGGCACCAAAGCCGUCACCAAGUACACCAGCUCCAAGUAGGCGACCGAGCGCUCGUCCGCCCAGCCCACACCCAACGGCUCUUCUCAGAGCCACCCAAAGUGUCUGCAUUGGCAUUGGGAUGUAGUGAGAAUCUCGACAAUUCCGUCCGUUCCCUCUGUUCGACGCUUCCUCGUUUAGGGACAAAAAAAAAAAAAAACCCGACGCGCGCUGUCGGACAACGCGUUCUCAUUGCUCAUUGCGACAGCGCGUGUGUGCUAAAAGUUUUGUAGCAGAAACGCACAGAACGCCAUGCGCUCAGCACAACAACACAAACAAAGCAAGUAUAGGGCGCGUGAGCGGCCACGUUCGCCUGCACUAAUUACCACGGCGCGUGUUUCGCACACCUAGGCUGAUGAGGCGGUCGUUGUUGCACAUUUACGUAAUUCUGAUGUAGCGUAAGCUCUAAAAGCAGGCAGCCCUCAUUCCCCCCCUUGUUUUUUUCACAUUUUAUUUCUUCUUUUUUC